CAGCUUUCAUGCCAGUUCUGCCAUACCUUCCGAUGCCUGCAGAUGGUUCAGAUCCUCUGCCUUAUGAUAGCAGAGAAAGUAAAAGGACUGCCCGUCGGCACUCUUAUUCUAGUGGUGGCUAUGGUGGAUCAAGUGAGCUGCCCAUUUCCGACAGUUAUGGGGGUUAUGGCAGUUCGCAAGUGCAUGAUCGGGUUGGUGGUGGUGGAAGUGUUUGUGGUGUAUAUGGGAGUGGCUAUUCCUCAGGACGUACUAGUUCCUCUGGGUUAGUGGAAGUGUACAGUUGAAUGAGAAAUGCAUACGGCUUUGAAGGCGAGGUUCAGCUGCAACAAUGCGGGGCUUCCUUGAAAGGUUUGCUAAAGGUUUAAUUUAGUUAUAGUAGAAGGGCACUCAUGAGUUUCCAGAAAAGUAGGAAGAAACAUGAUUAAAUGCAUGAUAUAUGGCUCAUACAUGGUAAAGAUAGAUCAACUCAUUAUAUUACUGUGGCUACACAUUGUCUCUGCUGUCUGCACUGGUGGGGUCAAUACAUGUGACAUGCGAGUCCACGUAACUCUUGACCGCAACUAUGCUGCAUUUACAUGUAUACUGAAUUUCAGGUAUGAUAAUCCCUUUCUUUAAAAGGUUUGUUUUGUUCAUUUUCUUUUUCUUCUGUUCAUGAAGUUGAACAAUGAAGGAGAAAGUGGAAAUCACUAAACCGGGAAAGUAGUCUUCUGUUUUCAGGUGACCUUCUGCGUGGUUUGCCUUUACGUUGUCGGACUGUUCUGGUUAUUCUUCUCAAGGGUUUGUUAUGGUCAUCUCCAUUCCUGGUGGAAAGGAGCAUGGGAGAUCUUUGGAUUUUCAUGUAGGGUUCUCCAAUCAUCGCCAAGACUCAAAUCCAAAUUUCUCCUGGAUCCUUGGGGUGGCUUUUGAGUUUUUGUGGAUAGGGAAGUAGUAGGUAAUUUUAUUUAAUUGAAGAUGUUUCGUCUGAUGGAAGAAGAAAAUUGAUAACUAUGCUAGCAAGACUUGGUUCUUUCAUUCUUUUUGUUUGUGUGCGCAAAAAUAAAAUGGGAGGUUCUCCUGUCUUAUGGGCUGUUUGGAUUGCAGGUUAUGGAGGGGUGGGAUCAUGAAGGGUUAUGCUCCGACCCUUUCAUAAUCUGCAGUCUGAACAAGCUGUUAUGGGAAUCACUCCGGCUCUUUGCUA